UUUACACGAUGAGGGUCCUGUACCUACUGCUUAUAUUUCAGGUUCAUGCCCAGAUGCAGUGUGAUAAAACCACCAUCCAUACCACAAUUGGGAGAGAGAUGAAUGUUGUCUGCAGUUACAAUGACAAUAGGUUUUUAUUCAGUAAGAAGUACUGGUGCCUUGGGGAGUCCAGAAGCACUUGUGAGGUAUUGAUGGAUACAGAUGGAUUCACAAUAGCAUGGCUCAGGAAAAAAGCAAGGAUAUAUGAAACAAGGUUCAGAACCUUUCACAUCCACAUGACAGGACUCAAGCUGGAGGACACUGGAAUCUACUGGGCUGCCAUUGACAAAAUAUAUGCUGAUAUCAUGUUUAGGAUAAAAGUCGUGGUAACAGAAGAAGCGGUGAGCAGACCCCAAGUUCGGUUAGAUGUCUCGCCUGUGGGGACGUGCCAGGGACAGUCAGUGCUCUUGCACUGCAGAACUGAGAGAGGCACCAAUGUGAAGUAUAGCUGGUCCAGGGAGGCCCAAACUCAAGAUGUUCUUUUACAAAGCUCUGCUGAUCUUCAAAUCCACUGUGCUUUUCUCAUCGAGGACGCUCAGUACAUCUGUUCGGCUCAGAACGCCGUGAGCAGAGAACAAAGUAAACCCAUUUCCCUUCACCUUCUCCAGGCUGGACAGGAGAACUGCAUUUAUUCACUCACGUCUGAUGAGCUUGAAAGUUAUGACUGCAGGACAACGACAGCAUCUCCAGUGAUAAGCACCAGCACUUCGGUGGAGUUUUCAAGCUCAGAGCUUUUCACGCAGACCAGUUCAGGUGGAAAUCAGUCAUUUUGUCGAAAUCAAACCCAGAACUGCGAUGAAAACUUCUAUCACAGGUCAUGGUCAGGAAUGCCACUGUGGUAUAACAUUGUCCGCUGGCUUCUCUUCGUUGCUAUUAUCACCACCUUUGGAGUGUUGCGCUCAUGCACGCAGACCAGCAGAGUGGCUUGCAAACACCACAACCAUAUCUGA